AUGACAUCGUCAAAAGAUUUCUUUAUAGACUUUAAAAAGCUAAAUACCAAUGAAAAUUUAGCAGCAAAAGUGGGAUCACUUAUAGUGGAUGGUACUAUAAGCGAAAACAGUACCGUUGAUGAUUACAAUAAUGUUUCUCCAUCUUUAGUUGAAGCUGUGGAUAUAUUGAAACAAUUCAAACAAUUACAUUUACAAGGACAUGGUGAUAAUGUUUUGUCCAAAAAUCAUAUUCUUAAGAAUGCCAUAUCAAAAGAUAUGAAGUUGAAACAUGUUAUUGAGUGUACAUCCCAGUCUUUGAAGUGUAAAUUCUGCAAUAGGGAUGUUAUUAGAAUAAGAUAUUUUAAAGAUGCUUUUGAAUCAUACUGGUUUGAAAUAACAAUUGUUAAGGCAGGCUCUACUGUUUGUGCAGGUCCAAAGAAACAAUGUGAUAAACCAAAGACACAAGCUAAAAAGGAUAAAGUCAAUGAAGGAAAAGAGUCUGAUGAUGAUGAGGAGGAUGAAGAGGAUGAAGAUUUUUACGAUUCAAGUCAUGAGGAAUUUGCUAAUGGUGUUGUACAGAAAUUGGAUUUAAACAGAUUGAAACUUGAAAAGAAAUUGCAAGAGAAGAUUGUAAAUCAAGUUAAAAGAGCUGUUAGAUUAUACAUGGAAGAGCGUGAUUUAGAUGGUAUAGAUGGAGGUGUGGAAGGAUCUUUCCAUGCAGAUGGUGAUGAUGAUAUUGUUGUGCUUGAAGAGGAAGAUUUUAAUGCUAGAUUUAACAACAACAGUCAUAAUUAA